ACCUUGUUAACACUGCCUACACAUAGGAAAGCUUGAACUGAAACUCAUAACACUGAACAGGACUGUAGUGAAAGAUGUUAACAAGGUAUUUUCUAGUGGUACUGUGUGUGGCAUCAAUCUUUGCAGAGGUACAAGAUGAGAAGACCGCUUGCAAGACAGACGAUGGGAAGGAACUGAAAGUCAACGAGCAAUAUGAUAAACCCGGAGCAUGUUAUGCCAACAUCUGCAAAGAAGACGGGACUUUCGCGGUUGGAGCGUGUGGGAUCAUAGGGCUACCUCAAGGUUGGGCCACUACACCAGUAGACCCGACUAAAGGAUUUCCUGCAUGUUGCGCCAAACCUGUCCCACCCCUGGAAAUCAUACCUGAUGUCUUAGACAAGUUUGAUCUUGCCAACCAGAUGAACCAAUUGGAGAUCUCCUAUGGAGACAACAUCACCGUCAACAUGGGCAACAAGCUGACCCCGACCCAGGUCAAGGGUCAACCCUCAGUCAACUACACUUCCUGGGCUGACCCUCAGGGGUUCUACCUCCUGGCCAUGGUCGAUCCUGACGCGCCCAGCGUGAUCAACCCUGAAGCACGGGAGUUCCUGCACUGGCUGGUCGGUAACAUCCAGGGAACCGACUUAUCCUCAGGAGAUGUCAUUGCUGAAUACAUCGGUUCUGGUCCUCCCAAAGACUCGGGAUUCCACAGAUACGUCUUCCUCGUCUACCAGCAGCCUGAGAAGAUCAUCUUCGAAGAGCCGAGAGUCAAUAAAACCACGAUUAUGUUCAGAAGGAAGUUCUCCAUCCGUAAGUUUGCCGAGAAGUACACACUGGGCGAUCCGAAGGCUUUGAAUGUUUACCAAGCUGAGUAUGACGAUUAUGUUCCCAUUCUUCAUGCACAGUUUGGACUGAAGAAAGACAACUAGUCUAGGUUAAUUUGGAUUGUUGGUGUUGUAGUGGUUAUAAUAAAAGCGUUUAUUAAACGUGAGAUUUAUUGUUCCUGA